UCAUCCACAGGGGAGCCUUCCCGGGAGCAGCACUUCAAAGUCGUCGCACGAGGUGAUCCGCUCUCCAGUUCUGACGACGUACGGGGUGAAAUUACCGGUUACGAUGAUUCUCUCAUGAGGGCCAGGGCCGAUUUGAGCAGCACUGAAGAGAAGAAACUGCUAAGAAGGAUUGACUGGCAUCUUAUCCCUCUGCUGGCUAUCAUGUACAUGGUGAAGACCAUCGACGCUUCCAAUGUUUCCAAUGCUAGAAUUAUGGAUCGAGGAACUCCUCGGAAUAUCAUGAUUGAACUUAGUGUGACUCCUGAUCAGUACAACUUUGUGACUGCAGCAUAUUAUAUAUCCUGGGGCAUUGUUCUUUGUUGUCAUGCUGCCGUCACGAACGCUGGCGGACUAUACACUGUCCGUGCAUUUCUGGGCCUUUUCGAGGCUGGUCUCUGGCCUGGCAUCCUCUUGCAGCUGUGCUACUGGUAUAGGCCAGAUGAGAUGGCUGGAGUUCUCUCCUUUGCCUUUGAUGGCGUCCAUGCUCGAGGUUUAUCUGGAUGGAAGUGGCUCAUUUUAACUGAGGGUGUUUUCACGAUAAUUCUUGGCAUCGUUGUGUACCUUGUUCUCCCAGAUUUUCCUAACACCGCCAGUUGGAUGUCUCAGGAAGAGAAAGACUUUAUCCAAGCUAGGCUCCCUAUCAAUGCUCCAAGAGCAGCUGAGAAAGACUUUGACUGGAAAGAGUUUUGGCAAACCCUCAAAGACCCCAAGCUCUGGCUCUUUCUGCUCUGUUGGGCCUUUUACACCAUUGGAACAACUGGUUUGCAAUUUUACCAACCCACGGUGAUUGCAAAUCUAGGUUUUACGACGAUUGCUCAGGCUCAGCUCCUUAAUAUCCCUCCGGCCAUCUUUGCUUGCGUCUUGACCAUUGUUUUCGGAUGGGUAGCGAAUACCGGACAUGUCCCUCUACCCGCCAUCCCUUUGACUUUCAUGGUCAUCAUUGAGGCAUGUUAUGUUGUUUUGUACACAUUCCCCAAUACUGGGGGUGUGUAUGCAGCUACUGUCAUUGCUGGAGGUUUCUCCAUAGCCUGGUACACAAUGAUGUGGCCUUGGCGAGUUCAGACCACAGAUGGGGCUACAGGAUCGGCAUUUGCCAUC